ACACGCGUUCUGUUUUGCCUAUGUCUGGGUUACGAUGUCAUUCUUAGCUGUUGCUGUCACUCAGAUUCAAUUCCUCCUCUUAACAGAUGUUCGAUCACUAUCGAACACAGGCAAAAACUCAGCGAGAGCAAACAAAGGCUAAUAACGAGCCGAAAUCGCGAUCUCUGUACGACUAGCAAAUCUCUCAUCGUGCCGCCAGUUUGGCCGACUGGAAAGGUGUUGUUAUGGCAAACACUAUCACUGUUCGCACUUGUGCAGGCGGGUGGUGAAGUAUAAUGAACCAACGGUCCAUGUUACUGAGGCGGCGACGGCUUCAGCGAUAGCAUUCAUUUGCAGUGGCUUGCGCGAAGCCAACUCCGCGCAAUGAAUCUAGAGGGUCUUGCUGUCACCACAGGUAAAUUCGACUGUAGCAGCUAUGCGUUGUAGUUGGGACGGCAGCUGGGAUUCGCCGUAGACCAAUGCCAUAGUAGAUCUGCUUAUUAACGCGCGCAACUGUGCUUUUGGUAUUGCGAUCGGAUAUUUGCGGCCGCUCCGUAGUGUUCAGUGGCGAUCAUCAAGCCCUCGUAGACAACCGCUUCAUUUGACGUACGCCAAACCAUAGUAAUUGACGGUAGAUGUUAGGCGAGGCAAUCACGUCAAGCGUGAGGAUCUGCGUAUGUUGAGUCCUGAUGCAAAUCAGCGUACUGGUAGCUUGUUGUGCACCAACAAGAAGAGCUGUACGAUUGUGAGCAGCCAGAAAUAAACGCAGUAUAGCGGAAAUCGUGAGAAGAGUACUGCUGACUCUAGCAGUACCCAGACAGUUACGUAGACUAGUGCUGCGAAAACAGCUUGUGGCUGUCCACGAGGGAAACGUGAUCAAGAGUCAACGGCUGCCUUAAACUGACCAGCAAGUCAAGCUUCUGACAAGUCUACCCUCCGAUUUUCUUGAGAGUGUUUAAAGUUUCCUUAACCUGAGCUACCUCAUUGAACGUCGAAGGAUUCCAGCGUAAUUAAUCGCUACUCACGUCAACUAACGGGUAGUGCCAACCAGUGGUUGGAAAUGGAAUUGUUUGAGAAGCUGAGCUUUGUUUUCCUGUAAGGGAUCCUUCAUGUCGUAUCACAUAUCAUAGAUUUACCCCGUCUACUACCCCCGAACCUGUGGCCUGAUGCUGAAUUGUCCGCGGAUCUGAUGUACCCCUGUUCGAUUUGUGGUAAGGUGAAUGUCUAUGCCUGGAUGAGUGUUUCAUGUGGUUUAGAUACCGGAUUGACAUUAUUUGCUGCUAUCGCUGCACGAGAAAAUCAAUAAGCACAAAAAAGCGAGAGAGAAAAAGUCAGGCCGUGAUAAAAACGAACGUGCAAAAACAAACAAAACAAAUAACGUAGUAUGUAUUAAUAUAUACGUAUAUUGAUAUAUACAAAUAGAAGAUAAACAAAAGCAGUCAAGAUGGGGGUGUCAGAACUGUGCCAGCGAAUCGUGUGCGAUCUCGAAGCACUGCUUAGAAAACACGCUCUCCUAGAGAGCUUCGAUGUAGUAAUCAAAGAGAAUAGCGCGGAACGCUCGAACCGCAGUCCCGUUUACGUGGUCGAAAACCACCUUGGCCUCGAAUCCUGGUGCGUUACACCCGUCUACACCUUUGCCAGUCAGCAACUUUUAGGCUGCUACGAUACUGAGAAACUAAUUCAACUGACGAAUGUGUUGUUGCUGCUAAAUCCCGAGUUGGCCGUAGCAUGGAAUCACCGCAAACUCCUGUACCUUCAGCGUAAACUCAGCCUUCAGCAGGAACUUCAAUUAUCUCAACUGGCGCUGUCUCGUAAGCCGAAAACUGCGGAGGCAUUUUCACAUCGAAAAUGGUUACUGGGGCAAGAAAUGGAAAACUAUCCGUUGGAGAGGAGACAAGCUGUUCUGCACAGCGAACUUCAGCUCUGCGACACAAUGGCUACGAAAUACUUCUCUAAUUAUCAUGCAUGGGACUAUCGACGGCAUCUUGUUCGCGAAUAUGUCGAGGGAGCCCCAUUGAUCAUCGAGAGCGAACUGCAACGUAGCAAAGAUUUCCUACAGUCACAUGUUUCAGACCAUUCGGGAAUGGCAUAUAGACAGUACGUUUUAUUGCGUGUCAAUUCCCGACCGCUGUUCCAGGCUGAACUUCAAUUUAUUACGGAUUUAAUACAUACCUUUCCAGGCCAUGAAGCCUUAUGGCAACAUCGUCGCUUCUGCGUUCUUGCAUGUCUUGGUUUACUCAAGUCGGCCGACAAACGGUUACGCUCGGUGAGUAAAGAUCAUAAGGACCCUACACGGGUGAACCGCGCAACACAGGAUGAGCAAGUGUUUGUUAGAGAUGUGCUCUGUACCGGUGAGCAGUGGCAGAGAACCCUGUGCGAACGACACAUUCGAUGGAUGCGGAAUACGCUUCACAUCGAGCUCGACGCCAAUCAGCCAAAACUGGCUAACGGGGUCCCGUUCGACGUUAGAGCUGACUCACUUCAAAUGCAGCAUCAAGUUCAGCAGCAGCAACCAUCGAAACAGACGCAAACACUCCGCCACGAUGAUGAUGGUGAUCGGGACGACAAUAAGGUAGACUGAAGAAAAAGCAGCGAGAAAAAUGAUGGCAUUGAUAGUUCUAUGCGAAACAGUUGGUGGGUGAUAGCUCGAAAGAACAGCAGGUUGGAGACAGACCUAAACGACGAGCGAGGAUCGAAUCGAAACAGGUGUACAAAGCACAAGACAUGUUUGAAAUAGAGAGUCUGUUAAUGAUAGCAUUUGCUCGUUUUUAUGUCUCCGUUUUCGGGCUUAUUGAAGCAAAAAAUGUUUGGAUAGUCACAUCGGCUUUACAGUUUCUUAAUUCAACGUCCGCCAUGCUCGUGUGGUACUUUUUUGGUGAUCCCGGCGUAAGGCGUGAAUUCAUCUAGCUAUAGCUAAUGCUAGCUCACUAGUUAACGAUCAGCUCAGUCGAGUAAUUUGUACAAGCUUAGUAGUAAGACAUUUAAUUGUCGAAUAAAUUUUGCAAUAAUUUUAAACAAAGACCUGAAUCUGUUUUACUGGGUAUGCGCAUUACCUAGCACAUUCGAUGAUAAUCACCGCAUUUUUCUUGUGUGUAAGCUGAUGUAACUAUGAUUGUUCCUGAUAAUCGUCGUGACAUGAAAUAUACCAUUAGGUCAAAUUUUCAACUUAAACCGCUGACUAUCCAACUGUAAUAAAAAGCUUCGUAAUUUCUAUGUUGCUAUUUUCCAUUGGUAACACAUAUUGGUGUCCUUUUCAUUUUUGUAAUGAGUUAGACAGAAUGUAAAGAGAAGCUCGGAAAAUCAAUAAAACUCGAAGAUCGCGUACGUCAUACAACAACAUCAAUCCAAUCAACACACAAAUUAUAGUGGGACACUUGAUAUACGUGAGAUACAUCUGAGGCGAAAUUAGGAAUAGUUCAGGCAAACGAAUCACAGAGGAGAUAUAGGAAGACGAGGCAUGACAAAAAAAAAUGGUAGAAUUAAUCCUUCAUGGUGAUACACCCCUUAUUCUUACUAUUAAUAUCAUAGUAUAUAUAAGAUAUACGCAAAGAAGAGGAAUCGUGUAAUAUUGUCGAAUAUUAUUAGAAAGUGGAAAAACAACGAUGAUCGAAUGCACGUGAAAUAUAGAGAAAGAUAUCGGAACACGUUCUAGAGAAAAAAAGAGAAAUAUAUAUAUAUAUAUAUAAUUACUUCAUACAUAUAUAUAAGAAUAUUAAGUAACCGCGUAAGAGAUAUCGUUUAAUACUAAAUUUUAUCUUGUUCGUACGCAAAUAAGAAGCAAUCAACAACCGGCAGCGUAAGACAGUAGCUUCAGGUGCUAAAAAAAAACUUGCAUUUUUAA